AUGGAUAAAAAAAACGAAAAGGAAAAUUUUUCCCAAAAAAAAUCAGACGAAACUGAAACGCCAAAGACAGAAAAUAAAGAUAGUCAAGCAAACCCGACUGAGUUAAAAACACCCGAAAAGGAAAAUAUAGUUGAAUUAAAAAAAGAAAUUGAAAACUUGAAAGAUAAAAAUCUUCGUUUGCUAGCUGAAAUGGAUAACCAAAGAAAAAUACAUUUCCGAGAAAUGAUUGAAAAAACGAAAUACAGUAAUGAAAAACUAAUUCGACAAUUUCUUUUUUUUCCUGAUAAUUAUGAAAAAGCGAUGCAGAUUAGUCAACACGAUACCGACCCCAAAAUUCGGAAUUUCUUAGUUGGUUUUCAAAUGAUUUUGGAUGAGUUUCGUAAUGUUUUAAAAAUGUAUGGGGUAGAGGAAAUUAAAGUUACUCCACUGAAAGAUAUUUACGAUGAAAAAUUACAUGGUAAAACCUUAAAAGUAGAAGAAAUAAAAGAAAAUGAUAAAUAUCCCGAAGGAACUAUUCUCCAAAUUUCUCAAAAAGGUUAUAAAAUUUAUGAGCGAGUUUUGCGACCGGUUCAAAUAAAAAUUAGAACAACUAACUCUUGUGUUGCAGUUUUCGAAGGGGCAGGAGUUAAAGUUAUUUUAAAUAAUGAAUCAGGAAAGAACACUACUCCUUCGGUAGUUUCUUUUCGUGAAAAUGGUGAAAAAGAUAUAGUAGGAGAAUCGGCUAAAAACCAAGCGGUUUCUAGACCAGGAAGAGUGGUUUUUGAAGCCAAACGUUUGAUAGGAAUGAAAUUUAAUACUAAGGAGGUUCAAGAGUUUAGGAAAACCGCCCCCUUUAAAAUUAUAGAACACGAAAAUGGCGAUGCUUGA